UCUCUAGCAUGUUUAUAUGCAUAGUUUCUGAGUCAGUAGCAAACUAAGAACUUCUUGUGUGAUUCAAGCUAACCCCUCGAUUAUCAGAAGCAGAUGUUUCAAACGACUGAAGAUCAGUGAGGCAUAUCCUAUUUACAGGUUAAUAAUUGACUACUAGAUGCAGGUGCACCAAAUGGUCUUAGAGACAUUAGAUAGGAGAGACAAUGUCAGUGCUCCCCCUACCCUGCCUCCCCUAAUCUAAAGCCUACUCUGUUUCUUUUAUCAAGUGAUUGGCUGUAUGUUAACAGAGCCUGGGGCACUUUCCUGUUGAAAUGCCUUUAAUCCCAAGCAACUGGAUUGAUUUUUUUUUUUUUUUUGGAUGGUUUAGAUUGGACGACUGAUUAUUGGACAGAAUGGCAUCUUGUCUACACCUGCGGUCUCCUGCAUUAUCAGGAAGAUCAAGGCAGCUGGUGGAAUCAUUCUAACAGCCAGCCACUGCCCUGGAGGACCAGGGGGAGAGUUUGGAGUGAAGUUUAAUGUUGCCAAUGGAGAUAUUGGUGGAGGCUUCAGUGGGAGAUGGCUUCACUGGAGAUAUUGCGAUUGAUGAUCUGUCAUUUAUGGACUGCACCCUCUACCCUGGUAAUUUGCCAGCAGACCUCCCAACUCCACCAGAAACGUCAGUUCCUGUAACAUUACCUCCACGCAACUGCACAGACAAUGAAUUUGUCUGCAGGUCUGAUGAUCACUGCAUCGAAAAAAUGCAGAAAUGUGAUUUUAAAUACGACUGCCCUGACAAAUCAGAUGAAGCAUCCUGUGGUAGGUGGAUUCUUAAAAUUUGUUUAAAUAUUGCCACAAAAUAGAAAAUACAAGUGUAAUCUCUAAGUAGCACAGCCUAGCAUCAUAGUUAGAUAUUUUCAACAUGAGUUAGGGCAACUUCUAAAUGUAACAGUUAUUCAUACAGAAAAUUGUAAUGGAAGAAUCAGAAUGCAUUUUCUGCCAGGCCCAGUAAGUGGUAAGUGUCUUUAGAUUAAUGUUUUGGAUUCAAAACUAUCGUUUUCACAAACUUUACUUGACUCUGGGAGUAGCAUUUAGUAGCUCUUUCCAUCCAUUCCCUUUGAUCUGUACUCCUGACACUAUAAAAUAGGGAAUGUUUAGGGAGGUAGCUUUAUAAUACUGUCAAAUUAAUUCAUUCAAAUUUUGCCAUUGCCAAAAUGCACAUACAACAUUAGUACUAUUAAAAUAUGCGGAGUUCAUGAGAAAACCUAUCUUAAUGCAAAUGAGACUUUUAUCCCCUGUGUCCUGGUUUUUACCUGCCAAUUCAAUGGUACCUGCCAAUUCAAUGGCUUUUCCUAAAUGGAUCAAAGACAAACUAUUUAAUUUAAAAAUGGACUUCUCAGCCAAAGAUACAGUCUGAGAGGAGAAAAAUUAAUCUGUGUCUG